GUUGCGGACGUGCCUUGCUUUGGUUAUUAUUUUACACGUUAUCAUUCGUUAUUAUGACAAUAAUUAUUAUUAAAGCUUAUUAAUUAAGGACAAAACAACAGAUACAUUAGUGUUGUGUGCGGACAUUGUGUUAUAUACAUCUGUUGUGAUCAUUUAUGUGAAAAUAUCGCGUUUCUUUCGGAUUUAUUUGGUUUCUUUGGUACUAUAUACUUCUCGUCAGUUGAGUAUCAUGGGCUAGUGCUACAAGUCGAUCGAAAUGAACGAAAGUCGAGAGCGAAUUCGUCGCGAGAGAGAGAGGGAGAAGAACACAUAUACCUCUCCUCGUCUGGCGCUGCGGCGGGUGCUGCUGCUGGCUGAGGGCCGGCAGUUCCGCGAGGCGGCGGCCAUCGUGUCCCGGCUCGGCCCCGGCGUGCUGCAGAGCGUGGCCGCUGACUUGCCCGUAGACCUGCUCGUGGAGGCAUUGCCACAUUCCUCGCAUCUCAUUGAAACUCUGUUAAAUAGGUUAAUCUCGUUAGAAGUCCAGCCCCGUCCGGAGCUGCAAUGCGAGGCGGUUGCGUGGCGACUGGUCGGUCUACUGGGAGUAGAUCAGAGCUCCGGACUGCGCGCGCGCACCGCUAAGCUAGCAAAUGCUCUGGCACAGUAUACACCGGACGCGAGAGACACUGUUGAUGCCAGACGACGACAACUAGAUGCCGCUGUACAAGGACUGGGUACGCACGGUCUGACUGCGGACUCUUCGGGCACGCUCAUCUCGCUGCACAUAGCAAUGAAGAAUGAACUGCAGCGACAUGUCGACGUCUACAAGCAGGCUCUGCACAAGUUGGAGGAACUGUCACCAGUUACCCUACACAGCGACCCUGCCUCCUCGUCCCACCAGCGUCUGCUGUCUCUGUCGCACGCAGACGUGGAGCGGCGGCUGAUCGACAACAAGUCCCUGUUGACGGCGGUGGACAAGCCGGCGCUGCGCCAGCUGCCCACGCUUGUAGCUCAGCUGGCCGCGCGCGUUGAAAGUGACAAGGCCGUGCUCGCAUGUGUCGGACAAAUCAAACGGACAGACCCUACGCUGGAUCUUAGUGACACGAGGCCGGUAGCUGGGGUAUUGAUGAGUUACUCCCGUGGUUGCGCGGCCGUGCUGGGCUUGAUGUCGGAGGAGAGCGCGGAGCAGGCUGCACCACGCUCGCACGCUGACUCCGCCAGUGACGGCUACCAUUCCGACAGUGAUGACUCACAGCAGCAGCCUGAUAGGAGUGCGCUGGUAUCCCAGUACGCGGCGGUGUGGGCGAUGGCCGCGGAAGAGGUGCUGCCGGCGCUUGCCGCGCUCGAACCGUUGCAGGCCACACCCCAUCUCAAGUACAAGAUCGUCUUUUCUGUCGUUGUCCUAUCAUUCCGCGCAGUGAUCAGUCUCCGCGACAAGCGCCUCGCGGAGGCCAAAGCGCUGUUGGGCGCAGAUGGGGCCAGCUCCCCGGCGGUCGCGAGCUUUGUUGCUGCCGCAACCCGGCUGAUGCGAAGCACCGCGCAUACCUUCCCUCUCGGGGAGGCAGAGAGGACUGUUAUUAACCAGGUGGUGAGCACGCUGCGAGAGUACCCGUGCCUGCAGUCUUGUGGCGCGCUGCACGCGCUGGCGGCCGCUUGCUGCCGCGCCGCCUGGCCGCUCUGUCUGCACGCGCCGCCACUGCGCAUCGACACUGACUUCACGCCUGUGGUAAUGAAUUUGGAGCGUCACGUGCGGCUGAGCAACAGCUCGCAGCGCUCAGACCUCAUCAAGUCCUUCGUGUGGCCCGCCCUCAUGGACGGCAACCGCUGCGUCUUCCGCGCGGUCGUACUCACCUGACAUCCUGACAUAACUUGACUUGCUGUUCUCUUUAUCUGACAUUGUGACAUCGCCGUAUGACAUAAUGUCAUUGAAAAUCUCUUGUCACGGUGUUGAUAUGGUUCCAAGCUGAAUUUAAAUUUUACAAACAAAAAAGACAAUGAAUAUUUGUAUAUAAGAAUAAAUAAAAUAAUAGAGAAAUAGUUGUGCAACAUUUAAGCACAAACCCACCUUACUUAUAGAAUAACGUUAAAGCUUUUAUUAUAUCAGGAACCCAACUUCUAAAUGCAAGUGGUGAAAAUAACACGAGGUGUCUAUUUCUGAGUUUCACUUGUUGAGAUUGUGUUCAAAAUAAAAUCUUUCUUCUGACAUUUUUACAACAGUUUACCUGAACUACUCAUAUGAGUGCGACAAUAUCAUAAUACAAGUAGUUCGUAUUAGGUGCUCAAUUGGUUUAUUGUUUGGAAAAUAUUUGUUAUAAGUUUUAAUCGAAUUGUAUUAACUUUUUAAACAUUCCAAACAUUC